AUGGCGAGCAAAAGGAAAUCCACAACUCCCUGCAUGAUACCAGUCAAAACACUGGUGCUUCAGGAGACUGAACAGGAUGCUGGAGAAGAUGAUCGUGAAGGAACUCAACAAGAGGCUCCUGCGGAAGGGCCAGCAGCGAGCGACGCUGGUGCCAGCAGCAGCAAUAACGGAGCUCUGCCCAAUGGGCACCGUGGGAUUGCCGACACUGACACUUACAUCUGCAAGUCUUGUGACUUUGGAUCUCAAGAUGUUCAUCAGUUCUUUGGGCACUUGGACUCUGAGCACCUAGACUUUAGCAAAGACCCUGCCUUCGCGUGCGUCGCGUGCAGCUUCCUGGCGAACAGCCACGAAGGGCUCUCGCACCACAACGCGGAGUCGCACGGCGGCGAAACGAGCUUUGUUUGGAGGGUGGCUAAGCAGGACAAUCGUACAACCGUGGAGCAAAGUCUCUGUGAGGCCACCAGCAGCCACGACCUGCCAGGAGAGGUCCCUGAAGAAGGGGCAGAUGGCCAGUCUGAAAUUAUCAUUACCAAAACCCCCAUCAUGAAGAUAAUGAAAGGUAAACCCGAGGCCAAAAAAAUCCACACGCUGAAGGAGAACGUGUCGAGUCAGUUGGGCGGUGAGUCGGAGGUGAAGGAUGGAGAGCAUUCAUUCCCUAACGGGUCCGUGCCAGUCAGCCAGGCCACUGCAAGUUCCACAAAAUCAUCUCACGUAGUGAAUGGCUCCAUCAUAGGAAAUGUGCCUGUUCUGCAGGCAGGGGUUGCACAACUUGUGUCGCUGCCACAGCAACCCCCAUUGCAUCAGCAGCUACCUACAUCCAAGUCCCUUCCCAAGGUGAUGAUUCCCCUGAGCAGCAUUCCAACAUACAAUGCUGCCAUGGACUCCAACAGCUUCUUGAAAAACUCUUUCCACAAGUUCCCCUACCCCACCAAAGCUGAGCUCUGCUACUUGACCGUGGUGACCAAGUACCCAGAGGAGCAGCUGAAGAUCUGGUUCACUGCUCAGAGGCUGAAGCAGGGCAUCAGCUGGUCACCGGAGGAGAUCGAAGACGCCAGGAAGAAGAUGUUCAACACUGUUAUUCAGUCCGUGCCACAGCCCACCAUUACAGUUUUGAACACGCCACUGGUUGCGAAUACUGGGAGCGUCCCCCAUCUUAUCCAGGCGACUUUACCAGGCCAUGUGGUGGGGCAGCCAGAGGGGACGGGGGGACUGCUGGUCACACAGCCCAUCAUGGCAAAUGGUUUGAAAGGCACCAGCUCCUCCUUCACCUUGGCAGUGACUUCUGUCCCCAAGCCGCAGCUGGCCGCGCAGCACAGCACGGUGAGCUCCAGCAACGCCUCAGGGGUGAAGGUGGUCAACAGUGCCCAGUCGCUGCUCACCGCCUGUCCUACCAUCUCCUCGCAGACCUUCCUGGAUCCCAACGUCUACAAAAACAAGAAGUCCCAUGAGCAGCUCUCAGCCCUCAAAGGCAGCUUCUGCAGAAACCAGUUCCCCGGCCAGGCUGAAGUCGAGCGGCUGACAAAGAUCACAGGUUUGUCCACCAAGGAGAUCCGAAAGUGGUUCAGCGAUAGG